CCAGCUCAAUACACCCCUCCCCCCCUCUGCCGCAUCUGUUGCCGAGCGACUCAGCAGUCAGCCCCCUCGCUCCGUGGAUCGUCUUCCUCCUCGCGCGAGCGCCGCCACCCGUCCCGCUGCCGAGCGCCGGAGCCCCCUAGCUCGUCUUCCUCCUCGCGCGAGCGCCUCCAACGCAGGUUCUGAUGCAUGGUGUUGGUUGUGUCUGAGAAUGCUGAGGGUUAUCUCCAAAGCUUGGUAGUCUCAUUUUAAUACACAACACAACUACUUGGCUGUACUCUAGGGUCAUAGGUCUUGAAUCUGCCCAUUCAGAACAUGGGUUCUCGGUUUCCAUCCCACCAGUUAAGCAAUGGACUUUAUGUCUCGGGGCGACCUGAGCAACCUAAGGAGAAGUCUCCGGUUGUUUGCUCCGCAGCUAUGCCAUACACUGGGGGGGACAUCAAGAAAUCGGGAGAACUUGGGAAGAUGUUUGAUCUCCAUGCUGAGAAGUCACGGAAAUCUGGUCCUUUGGGUAAUCAACCUUCAAGGAAUACUUCAUUUGGUGGUGCUGGUUCGAACUCUGGACCAGUUUCUAGUGCUGUUGGUCGAUCCAACUACUCCGGUUCUAUUUCAUCAGCAGUUCCUGGCACUGGAGGUUCGGCAAGGGCAAAAUCUAAUUCUGGACCACUCAAUAAGCAUGGAGAACCAACAAAGAGAUCGUCUGGCCCCCAGUCAGGAGGAGUGACCCCAAUGGCUCGCCAGAAUUCUGGCCAUCUACCUCCUAUUCUUCCUACAACUGGGUUGAUUACAUCAGGACCUAUCUCAUCUGGACCGUUGAAUUCAUCUGGUGCCCAACGAAAAGUAUCAGGCCCUCUUGAUUCUAAUGUAUCAAUGAAGAUGCGUGCCACCUCUUUUGCUCACAACCAAGCUGUUACAAAUCUCAAUGCGGAUGCUGGCUUCUUGAUUAAGGCCAGUUUGCCAAAGCCAAUACUCUGGACGGCCAUUCUACUCUUUGUGAUGGGGUUAAUAGCAGGUUGCUUCAUUCUUGCCGCUGUUCAUAAUCCGAUCCUGCUGGUAGUUGUGGUGGUGAUAUUUGGGUUCGUUGCUGCACUCUUGAUAUGGAACAUUUGCUGGGGAAAAAGAGGUGUGACUAAGUUUGUCAGUUGCUAUCCUGAUGCUGAUCUUAGAAUCGCAAAAGAUGGAGAGUAUGUGAAGGUUACUGGGGUUGUUACUUGCGGAAAUUUCCCCCUCGAGUCCUCAUUUCAAAGGGUUCCAAGAUGUGUGUACACUUCAACCUGCCUGUAUGAGUAUAGGGGCUGGGACUCGAAAGCUGCCAACACUCAGCAUCGCCGAUUUACCUGGGGAUUGCGGUCAGUAGAGCGACAUGCUGUUGAUUUCUACAUCUCUGAUUUCCAAUCUGGGCUGCGAGCAUUGGUCAAAACAGGAUACGGUGCACGGGUAGCUCCAUAUGUAGAUGAAUCUGUUGUUAUUGACAUAAAUCCAGAAAACAAGGACAUGUCCCCUGAAUUUCUGAGAUGGCUACGGGAAAGGAAUCUCUCAAGUGAUGAUCGUAUAAUGCGCCUAAAAGAAGGAUACAUUAAGGAGGGAAGCACUGUAAGUGUCAUCGGGGUUGUUCAAAGGAACGACAAUGUGCUGAUGAUCGUUCCGCCAUCUGAACCGUUCUCCACUGGCUGCCAAUGGACCAAGUGCAUCCUCCCAACUAGCCUUGAUGGACUAGUCUUGAGAUGUGAGGAUGCAUCAAACGGCGAUGUAAUACCAGUGUAGCUCGCUAGCCUCGCUCUGGCAGCUGAUUGGGAGAAAAAGGAAACAACGCCUGUCAACAUUUGACUUUGGAUUUGUUUCAUGGGAUGUUUGGAUUGAAAAAUGUGCAAAUGCAGGGUGUGAUUAUGGUUAAGUACAAUUUCGGUGGUCAGGGCUUGAUUGUGUAGUAUUUUAUGUGUUUUUUCUAUUUUCGGUUGAGCUUGUAACAUGGAUGACUUGAGUACUACCAUGGAGCUGUUUGGAGUUCUAGUGGAAUCAGGUUCAUAUGUUUUUUUGGUUUGUAGAAUUCCGGCAAUAUCAUAAACCAUUCCUCCAAUUCCCCUUUCUGUAUCUAUAAUUCUAUACAUAAUUCCAUCUCUCGCUGUAGGUCUAUUAUCCAGAAUGAGGAUUUGUUGAUGUGUUUA